UUGCCUAUUACUACUAUCAACGUUUGCAGCAGAUUCCUUCUUGAAUAUGGGUGUCGUAGAAAAGGUCCUUUGUUUACUCGUUACGAGAAUUGUUCUAUCUCAUAUCCUGUCUAGAUUAAGGAGAUCGAAGAGGAGAUGGCGAGGACUCAGAAGAACAAGGCGACAGAAUAUCAUCUGGGCUUGUUAAAAGCCAAGCUUGCACGUUAUCGGCAACAGCUAUUGGAACCCACGACAAAAUCAGGACCCGCUGGUACAGGAUUCGACGUUCAGAAAAGUGGUGAUGCCAGAGUAGCCUUGAUUGGCUUUCCGUCCGUUGGAAAGUCCACCUUAUUGAGCAAGUUGACCCACACGCAGUCCGAAGCAGCAGCGUACGAGUUUACAACACUCACUGCCAUUCCCGGAGUAAUCGAAUAUAAGGGCGCAAGAAUACAGCUUUUAGAUCUGCCUGGGAUCGUAGAAGGAGCCAGCCAAGGUCGUGGAAGAGGUAGACAAGUAGUAUCCACCGCCAAAACAGCCGAUGUUAUCCUCAUAAUGCUUGAUGCCACCAAAUCUGACGAGCAAAGACGGCUGCUUGAGCACGAACUCGACGCAGUGGGUAUCCGAUUGAACAAGAGUAAACCCGAUGUAGUAUUCAAGAAAAGGACAACUGGCGGAAUCACGUUCAACACGACGGUCAAAUUAACCAAGACGGAUGAGAAAACGAUCCGAACCAUACUUGCUGGAUAUAAGCUUCACAAUUGCGAUGUCAUGAUUCGUGAAGAUAUUACCACAGAUGAAUUUAUCGAUGUCCUUAUAGGAAACCGAAAAUACGUUCCUUGUAUCUAUGUAUACAAUAAAAUUGACUCCAUCAGCCUCGAACAAGUAGACAAAAUAGCUCGCACCCCUCAGAGUCUAGUGAUUAGUUGCGAAAUGGGUUUAAAUUUGGAUUACCUGGUCUCCAGGAUAUGGGAAGAACUCGCAAUGGUCAAGGUAUACACCAAGAAGCGGGGAGCUCAUCCAGACCUGGACGAUCCUGUCUGUCUACGUAAAGGCUCGACUAUCGAGACGGUCUGUAAUACAAUCCAUAGAUCUCUAGCACCAAACUUCAGAUAUGCUCUUGUCUGGGGUAAAUCAAGCAAGUUUUCACCACAUGCACAGAAAGUGAGCUUAGCGCAUGCUGUACAAGAUGAGGAUGUUGUUUCAAUAUUCACGAAAUGAACGCGUACUGUAUAUUGAUGAUGUAUAAUACGUAGUGAUAACUUCUUCAUCGUUAGGAUGCUUCACCAUAGUGGGGGGCAAUGGAAUAGGAGCGUGAGAAGCUGUAAUGUCCCUAUCACACG